AAAGAAAGAGGGGGACGCCGUGACCGCGCAGCGCGAGCACGAGCACGAGCAGCAGUUGUCAUGUGAUCAGCUGCUGGGCCGCACUAGGAAGGAAAUAACAACAACUGCACGGCUCGCUGCUUCCAAGUCACGUUUCCAUCUGAUGAGGCGACAGGAUGGCGGAAGCAGAGGCGUACACCCCUGCCAACCCCACCUGCAAGAUCAUGACCUUCAGGCCCACCAUGGAGGAGUUCAAGGACUUCAACAAGUACUUGGUGUACAUGGAGUCUCAGGGCGCACACCGGGCAGGUCUGGCUAAGGUGAUUCCUCCCAAAGGCUGGAAGCCUCGUCGUACUUACGACGACAUCGACGAGCUGAUGAUCGACGCCCCCAUCCAGCAGAUGAUGGCCGGCCAGUCGGGGCUCUUCACUCAGUACAACAUCCAGAAGAAGCCACUCAGCGUGCAGGAGUUCAGGAGGCUGGCUAACAGUGACAUGUACUGUACACCUCGCUACCUAAACUAUGAAGAUCUGGAGCGUAAAUACUGGAAGAACCUCACCUUUGUGUCGCCUAUCUAUGGAGCUGACGUCGGCGGCAGCCUCUACGACGAGGACGUGGAGGAAUGGAACAUUGGCCACCUCAACUCCAUCUUGGACCUCAUCGAAGAGGACUGUGGGGUGUCCAUCCAGGGGGUCAACACGCCGUAUCUGUACUUUGGCAUGUGGAAAACAACUUUCUCCUGGCACACAGAGGAUAUGGACCUCUACAGCAUCAACUACCUUCAUUUUGGCGAGCCCAAGUCCUGGUAUGCCAUCCCCCCAGAGCAUGGGAAAAGACUGGAACGUCUGGCUACUGGUUUCUUCCCGAAUAGCUUCAAGGGAUGCGAGGCUUUCCUCCGUCACAAGAUGACUCUCAUCUCUCCCUCCGUGCUGAAGAAGUACGGCAUUCCCUUCGAUAAGAUGACGCAGGAGGCGGGAGAGUUCAUGGUCACCUUCCCCUACGGCUACCAUGCCGGCUUCAACCACGGCUUCAACUGUGCCGAGUCCACAAACUUUGCAACUCUACGCUGGAUAGACUACGGCAAAAAUGCCACGCAGUGUACUUGCAGUAAGGACAUGGUGAAAAUAUCCAUGGAGCCAUUUGUCAAGCGUUUUCAGCCUGACCGCUAUGGCAGCUGGAUGCUGGGCAAAGAUCCCACGGCCAUUGACCACACGCUCGCCACUCCCAGCACCACACCUGAGCUGCAGAGCUGGCUGCAGAGGCGCUGCAGGACAAAAUCCUCCAAUAAAAGCACCUGCCACUCCCGCAUGCGCUCCAAGCGUCUGAGAACCACAGAGGAGCCCGUGGCCCUGGAUGACGGCAGCAAGAGGAAGGGCCUGUGUGGUCCCCCCGGGCCCAAACUGCGACGGCCUGUGGAAGAAACAGCCUGCGGGUCCGAGGAGGAGCACAAAGGCGGAGGAAGGGAGACAAAAGGCUCUUUUCAGCUUCCUGGUCGCUGCAGGCAGAUGUGUGUGGUCAAGGUCAACCGAGUACAGAGCAACACUUUGGGCUUCUCUAACACCGAUCCCAAAAUCUCUCAGCCUGGUCCUGCCUCCACAGCAAAGCAGGACUUGAAGGCCGAGACUAACACUGAUAAUGACCCUCAACACCUCUCCAGCUCGGAACCUCGGACUCCUGGAGGACUCAGAGAUUGGUGUGAGCCAACUCCAAUGCACAUAGGAGUCAACAAGUCGACGUGUUGCUCUCCUGAACCGCAAGACCUCUUAAUUCCUCAGGACUUCUCAACUCGGGACACUGGACUCAUGUCCUCAAGUACCUCCACCGAGAUAGGAACGGGGUCUGACGCAUCAAACCCUUUGAGUAGCCCAGAACCAAACACUAACAUUAACAUAGGAUCGGAGAAGUCCUACUCGCUCGACCAAAAACAUAUCCACCUGGAACCUAAACCGGCGGAGCGAGACCGCCGCGCAUCACGUGUCCCUCCCCCGUCUUUAGGAACAGGCGAGGAGAACGUUUGCCCUCCAAUGCUACAAAGGAAUGCCGGGGAAAUGCCCCACCUCACCCCGGAGCCGGCAGAUAUGUUUGGCAUCAGCCACCUCCCGCCAGUCUUGAUCCAAGAGAUGCCCUCCCUCACACCAGCCGAGGACAGGCCACCAGACGUCCCGAAGUCCAGCCUGCGCACCCACCGCUUUGCACCUGUGCUGCAGCGAGAGACCCCCGCUCCGUCCUCCCAGGAAGCCCAGCUGGGAAAGAGCGACGCCAGGGUUUGUGAAGACAGAUCAGGUAGUAACCUGUCUUGCAAAACUGAUGCGGAAAAGCACAGCUUUGGAGAGAGUAGCACCUCUUACCAGCUAGCUGGGAGCGUUGACCCCCAAAUGGAGCCGCAUUGCGUCUUAGCGGAGGUAGCAAGGAGCGAGCAGGAGCCAACACCAACACAAAGUGCAUUCAGUCAAAGCAGUGUUGGCUCUGGUCUGACAGAUCUGGCAAGUAACAACAAUUACUCCCAAUUACAAGCCCACUGUACUUCCCCCGGCCCACACACAGACCUCAAAGAUGACCCCAGCAGCAUUUGGAGUAACUUCCACUCUCAGAAUCCUGCGGUUCUUAUCCAAAGCCUCCAUCCAAGCCAACCCUCCGUCUUCACCCACGACGCCAUACCUUACACUUUGUGGGCCGAAUCCCAGUGCAAAGAGGUCACACACCUCGAAGACCCGGGCAAAGACCUCCACGAGAGGCAAAAGGGAGACAGCGGACCGCUCACCUGGGCCCAGCUCGAGCCCACCUCGCUCGCCUCGGUCGGUGCUGCUGAGGAUGUGGACUUCGGCGAAGGUUCCCCGAGCGGUGAAGCGAGACGACGGGUGCUGAUGGGCGACUUUGAUGGCGUUGUUUCGCCUCGGCUCAUGGACGGAGGACUACAGGACGGGGCGUCUGACAUGGAGGAAGGCGGGUCGGAUGUAGAGGACGAGAACCGGAGUAGCGCCGACGGGGAAGGCAGCAGCGACUCAUCUGAUGAAAGUGAUUCCAGUCGCUUCGAUUGUGAUGAAUCAAGCUUGGAACCUGGAGAGUACCCUGCCCUGACCACUAAGAGCUGGCGGCACCCACUCAGGAAACCCACCGCAAGGGCUGUACCCACCGCGGUGAAACAUCAGGCUGUCAGCGAUGAUGAACCCCCUGAAGCCAGCCUCGCAGAGGAGGAGGAGGAGGUGGAGGAGGAGGAGGAGCCAGAGAUGGAGGCGUGGGCCAGGCCGCUGAUCUACCUGUGGCAGAACAGGAAGAGUUGUUUCACAGCCGAGAGGGAAUACAACGCUCACGCCGCCAGCCUGCAGCCACAUUGUGCCGUCUGCACGCUCUUCAUGCCCUACUGUCAGGGGGAAGACAAAGCGGAGGACACGUCUCCCAUGGAAGGCACCGCGAGUGGUUACCGGGGGCCCAGGAAGAGCAGGCCCCUGAUCCCGGAGAUCUGCUUCUCCUUCCGUGAACAGAACUGCCCCCCGACUCCCACCAACCCUCUGCUGCAGGAAGAUGGCACCUCUCCUCUGCUGUGCUGCAGGGGAUGCUGCCUUCAAGUGCAUGCAAGUACGUACACGCUCCCUCGCCCUAGUAGCACGCUAAAGCGUCGCCAGCCAAAGUAG